CCUUGCUUCAACAAAGAGAACGCGAUCGAUGGGAGGGCAAGGAGUUUUGGCGCGCGGUCUGGCAGUGCUAACGCUCGGUGCGGCGUUGGUACUAGCUCAACGACCAGUAGGGGAAGACAACCCCGUGAAGUUUGGCCCCGUCCCAACGUUCCCGCCGCAGGGCGAACAGUAUGAACCGCGUGGGGUGUUGCGCUCUGUGGAGAAGCCCCACCAGCUGCUUGGGAUCCUGCUGGCUGCGUUGGUGGUGCUCAUCUCGUCCGGAGCUAAGAUUGGCGGUGGGGCUGUGCUUGAUGCUGUCUAUAUAUUGGUGCUGAAGCUGGGGCCAGAUGAGGCGAUCCCUCUGGCGAGCAUUACAGUUUUUGGAGGAGCUGUGUGCGACUUCUUUUUGAAUCUGUGGAAAAAGCCAAUUAACUCAAACUUCCCGCUGAUCAACUGGGACUUUAUGCUGAUAAUGCAGCCCAUGCUACUGAUGGGAGCUGCGUUUGGAGCAUCGAUGAUCUCGUGGUUUUCUACUUGGCUGCUUACCAUCGCGCUGAUUGUGUAUCUAGUGUACGUCGGCAAGAAAGCUUUCAAGAAAGCUCGUGCUGUUGGACAUGAAGAAGGCUGGCGGUGGUGCAGCAGCAGUGAAACGAUGUCGUUGCUUGGCGCGCCAUCCAUGAGCUUCCAGGACGAUGAUGGCAGCUUUCAGUACAAGAGUGGUCUUUCAUGGCGCAAGUUGGGGAUUAACUUCGGUAUCUUUACUGCCACGGUGCUGCUCACAGCGCUCCAAGGCGGGAGGUACUUCCCCAGUCCACUCGGCAUCCCUCCCACGUCCUUUUUCUUCUUGAUCGUCUCGAUGCUGCCGUUCAUCUUCCUCUCAGUUGUCUCGCAUUAUCAGAUGAAAGACGCUGUGGCGACGUACCAAAGACAGCAGAAUCCACGAUUCAUCCUCGCCCCAAACGAAGUGCAGUGGUCCCCGGACGCGAUCAGGAAGAUACCUCUUCGUCUGCUUGGAAUUGGUGCGAUUGCAGGAGCGUUCGGCGUCGGCGGUGAAGGUGCGACAUCCAGCUUGCUGCGUGGCGUUAACUUCACCCCAGCAGCAGUGUCCGCCAUGUCAGCCACGGCUGUGUUCUUUGUCAGCGGCAUGGCGUCCUUUGACUUUUUACUGUGGGGGAAGCUAGACCUGAAUCUGGCCAAGUUCUUGAUGCCGCUCGGCUUUAUGAUGACAUUACUCGGUCGUCUGUGUUUGAUUAGAAUUGUCCGCAAGGCCAAAUCGCGCACGUUGCUACUGUUCGCCAUCGCCGCGGCGAUGUUUAUCAGCAUUUUUCCGCUUGCCUUUAUGGAAUUGCGUGGUCUUUUCGGAUUUUAG